CUUCAUUCAAUCUUACCUUGCAACUUUGCCUUCCGUAGGAGCGUUUCGAAUUCUCGUCCAAAUUGCAAGACUGCGCUUCCAAAUGAUUACACCCUAGCGUACCCUCAUCUGAGAGAGCUCUAUUUCUACGCGCGUCCCCUCCAUCACCUUUUGCCAUCAAGAUGGCGGCAAGAGCCACUGCCGUCGGUUCCCCAGCGUGGAUCGCUGCUGAAAAGGAAAAUGCUCUAGACGCCCUUCACAAAGAGAAGGAAGAGGUCAUAUUCCCUGCUCAGCACCAAAUAGAAUGGUUGAAUGAGCACAUGAAUGAGAUCUUCUCUCAGUCCAACCUCGACAUCGGCAAUGUUUUCAAAACCCCUGGCAAGCUCCGUGGCAAGACACCUCGGACCGCCAGAAAGCGCAAUCUACCAGAUGCUCGCAUACCACUUAGCGACCUGUUUUCCUCCAAACCUAUCCCUCAGUACAGCCCACAUAGAUCUCCCAGUCCGAAGAAGCCUCAUUUCACCGUGGCUCUGGAUCCUCUUGUCCAGGCUCAAACCGCGUUCAAAUCUCAGACAGAUUCUGGUUAUCAAGGAUCGAGCCAAAGCACCGACUCAUUCACCCAACAAUUACAUUGGACAUCCAACCCUCCCGAACAAACACCAACUUCGAAUCUAGCCGACGUGGUUCUUCAAGAUGACAUAGCUGAAAGUCAUGAGCUUCGUACUACUGAAGGCUCAUUCCAUUCCGCAAAGGAAGACCAGACAACCAAAGUCUUGACGACAGAGUCAGGACGCAAAGACUCCAUUCCUACACAAGAGCAAAGUCAAGAAUCUGUGUCUGGUCCACAGCAGACCGUAGACACUCAGCAAGAUUUUGAUGACGAGCUUGGUUCGCCAUCUGACGAGUCUACCCCGGACCGCCCUCUAGUACGAAAAAGCAGUUUGACUUUUGCCGCCCUUCCGGCGCGUGAGCCGAUGAAGACCAGUAUCGGCGCCAGGAUAUCGCGAACAAGUCACCUCGAUGCCUCGAGAUCUGGCCACAAUCACCCAUAUAAUUUGAAACAAAGCCUUCCUGUCACACAAGAUGAUCAGGAUACAACGAUGCGAGACGAUGAGGAUGACGAAAAUGUGGAAGUCCUGGGCUAUGACGAAUCUGAUGAGGAGAACGAAGAGGCCAAAGCCCAGUCAAAAUCCUCCACCCAACGACUACACGAGAAGAUUGAUAUGCUCGGCAAAGCGCCCGCACCUCGCCCGUCAAAGUCGAUCCCUUCUGGUCUUACUAACAGCAAGAUGUCAGAAGCGGCGGAUUCGGCAUAUGGAAGCCUCAAAAACAAGUACGCGAUGACUGACGAUGACGAUGAUUGGAUUAAGCCUCUGACUUCGCAAAAUCCGAUUUCGUCGCCAGCUAAGAGCACGGCUACUCGAGAGGAAAUCGACUCAGAUUCGGAGGACGAAUUUGACCUUCGUGCUCCUGAAUUGAUUGCACAUGAAGAACGAAUGCGUACACCGGCGGGAAUGUCUCCGAGCCCUGGCAGAAUACGCCCGGGUUAUGGGCAUGUCAAAUCUGCAUCCACGGCGACGUUGGCUUCUCCCGCCAAAGCUUCCAUGGCGCCUCCGGCAAGCCCAGCCAAAUCUAUUUCCGUAUCAAACCCAACUCAUCAGCCUACAACUACUCCCCAAGGAUCCCCUCGUCGGUAUAUGGACCUCAGUGCCUCAAAGUCAAGGCUACAGUCGAUUAUGAAGACUGCCAAGGGUCUUUUUACGACAAGUGCGAGUGUUUCUGCAGCCGCUAAACUGGAGACGCUAUCUCCAAAUGCCAUCAAAGUGGCGGCAUCUGCCAUGCCUGGCAUGUAUCCCAACCUGAAUGGCUUGCUUGACAGCAAGCCCUUGCCUCCACAGCCGAUCGAGCCAAGGCGAACUCGAGGUUCCUUGGAACGAGAGAAGAAGGAGCAGCGCGCUGAGCGGGAGGCAGAACUCAGACAACGGAUGGAUGAUCGACUGGAAAAGGCAAGAGACAACGAGCGGAAAAAGGCAGCAGAUCAGAAGCUAGCUCAGGACAAAAUUGCACCGUCAAAGGCGACGGAACAACCUGCGCAGUCGAGUCCGAAACGGGCAGGCGAAGAUCAGACACACCAAGAGACUUUGGAGCCAUCAACCCAAGGGCUCAAGUCAGGUCGACCGAUAAGGCCGGUUCGAGACCCGCCAGUAAAUAAAGCCAAACCUGCACCUGUCUCUAUUCGUGUAGGGACAUUGUCGCAGAGGAUGCCUAUUUCUGGAGCCCCGAGCAACCAGGAAAGCCUACCUGUGGAGCCUAAGCGGCCGGGUCUGGCGAAGAAAGCGAGCACUACAUCGCUGCAGUCUGCCACCGCCACUGGUUUCAAAACUUCUGUUCACGGGCAGCCACCGAAGCCACGGGCGCUGCUUGCUGCAGAGCGGAAGAAGGAGCAGGAUGAACGCGAGGCACAGCGAAAGCUCGAGGCCAAGCGUGAGCUCGAACGAAAGCGGGCAGCGCAGCAAGAACAAGCGCGCAAAGAAGAACAGAGGCAGCGGAUGGAGGCAGAGAAGAAGGAGCGCGAGAGGGUGGCGGCAGAACAGGCCAAAAGGCAAGCCCAACAACAGGCGAUCGAAAGAAAACGACAGGAGGCUGCUCGCAAAGCCGAGCAGCAACGAGCGGAACGUGAAGCUGCAUCCUCGAGACCAGCUUCGCGCUUGGGAACUCAAGCAGGCAAUCGUUCAUUGAUCAACCACCCACUUCCCACGAAUCCUGUCAAGCCGGCCAAACGACCGUUGGAGGAGGAGGCUGGAGCGGCACGUGUGCCCAACAAGGGCGAGAACGGCAAGAGACGAAAGACAGAAGAGGACAGCAUGGUGGAAAAUGCUCCUCGGCCUGUUGUCUCUGGGGCACCCAUUCGUCAGUCCCAAUUAGGAAAGAAAGCAUCAAUCUUCAACCAUGGAACUUACGGACCAGCUCCAACAACCAGCCACAUGGGACAAUUUCCACAACCACCAACGCGAGCUGCGCCGCCUCAGAUGCAACAAUUUGGAACUGGAGCCAAGAUUCCAUUUGCAGAUGCAGCAAAUCCACCAGUCCCCGUCAAGACGCCGAUCGCCAUGAUGCAGCAGAAGACCAUUCAUACAGUCAAGUCAUCACCACAGUAUGUCAAUGGAGAAGCGAUCCAUCUGCCAGAGAUCCCGACCGACUCGGAGGAUGAGGAUUCGGAUGAUGAUGGAAACGCAUUCCCGAUUCCCGACUGGGCUACUCCUGGGCAUUUGACAGAGCAGUUGAUUCGGCAAGAGGCCAUGGAUGGAGACGCAGUCUUUGGACCAAUUGGACCUCUGAAGAUGGAGGAGAUCUUUGCCAAGGGUAACAAGGAGAGACUGAAGCGACUCCGAGAUCGAACAAGCAGCGCCAACUGGGCGAUGAGCGGGGAUGGGCUUACGCUCGAGGAAGUACGAGCUGAUCGAGAACAGCGAGAGCGGAUGCGGCGGGAAGGUGGCUGGCGGUAUGGAAACCACUAGCGUACAAACCACGCGUCCAGAAUCAGCCAACAGAUGGCUUUAUGAUGGGUUUGGAAGCACGAGAAGGAACUGCAAAAUCCAAUGACAUGAAUUUCAGCAAGCAAGGCAACUUGAAUGAGGGUUUGGUGUUCUGGCAGGGUCGAUGUCGUUGCUUAAAGGACUAUGGGCCUGGUAUUGAGAGAAGAUUGCAGAGGUGUUUGAAGUGGACAAGUCAGGAUAAAAUGCCUACCACAUGAGGAGGCGGGAAUGCCAUGUCCAGUAGAGCAGUGUCGAAACAGUUUUGGCUUGGGACAGAGGAUGCGUUGGCUGGGUAUACAUGAGCCUUGUCCGUGUCCUCGCUCUGGCUACUGCCAGGUGCAAAAGUAUACAAAUGUACAUCUGUGUGAGGUUAUAUGUCCAUUGCCCAG